UGUACACGCGUUCUCAUUGCACAGCUCUAGCCAUUUUCACGCACUUCUCUUUAAUCAUUACACUUUUAAUAGUGAUUAGUGUUGGCCCUAGUGCCGCGGCGGACUUCACCAUUUGAAAUUUGUGGGAACCAUGAUUAUUUGAUAAGCGCUCGUAGUGUACAGUGUAGUGUAGUGCAAGUGAUGUGUAUGUGAAGUUAGCAACCAUGUCUUCUAGAACGGGCCAACGUGGCCCAUCGUUGUCUACGAGCCAACGCAAGCAUAGGUCCAGGUCAGCACCGCGAUACGACCUCGAGAAGAAACCAAAGAAGAAGGAAUCCUCGGGCACUAGCAGUCUGGUCUCUAUCCCCAAUAGCAUUAAAUUGACUAUGCUUAAUAGCGGCCUCAUUUCCUUCGACCGAGUGACCUUUAAGCCUGAGACUGAUGAAAAUGGCUCCGUGUCCGAGACGAUACCGGACAAACCAGUGGAGCUGAAGAAUUUUCCAAAGCUGUGUGAACAACGGCGCAAGUUCCAAGUCCUCUACAAGCUUGAGUUUCAGACGGCGACCAAGGUGGAGACACACGCUUGCCGUCACGCAACCAAAAAGACUAAUUUACACAAAAACCAGAACCAAAAAGUCAUUCCUUACGACUACAACCGAGUGGUGCUACCAACGGUAGAUCGCGAGCCAGAUUCCGACUACAUUAACGCUUCCUAUAUAGAUAGUAUAUUAAAACCAAACGCAUACAUAGUGACUCAGGGGCCAACAGAAGAGACGGUGGUGUCGUUUUGGCGAAUGAUUUGGCAGGAACGAGCCGCCGCCAUCGUUAUGCUUACCAAGACUUUUGACUUCAUUAAGGUCAUGUGUGUCCAGUAUUGGCCAGCCAGCAAAGAGAAGGACGAAACAUAUGGAGACAUAAGUGUAGGAAUAGUUCAAGAAGAGGAAUUAGCUAAUUUUCACAUAAGAACCUUUCGUCUUUAUAAAACUGACAAAAAUGUGGUGAUAGAAGAGCGGUUUUUACUUCAAUUUCACUAUACACAGUGGCAUUCGCACACAUGCCCAUUCGGUAAUGCACUAUUGGAAUUUCGAAGGAGGGUCAGGGCUGUGGUGGGAAGAAGGUUAGCAGCCAGCACCGCGACGGGACCAAUGGUAGUACACUGCAAUGACGGUGGUGGACGUUCAGGAGUAUACCUAGCUGUCGAUGCAAAUUUAGAAUUGGCUGAAGAAGAAGACUGCUUUGACGUUUUUGGAUUCUUAAAAAAGCUACGACAAUCUAGAAAAGGGCUAAUUGAAAAUGAAGAACAAUACAAAUUCGUAUACGAUACUCUAGAAGAACAUGUGGUCUGUGGCGUGAGCUGGUUUCCCGUAUCAGAGUUGUCUCAACGGCUGAAGCAAAAGUCUCAAAGAGAUCCCGCGACAAAGCUCAAUGAAUAUCAGAAAGAAUACCAACAAAUCUGUAAGCAAACUCCAAGAUUCACGAUCGGUGACUGUGCAGGUGGUCAUAGGGGAGAUAACAGAGAGAAAAACAGAGAUGUUCUUGUUGUACCACCCGACAACUUUCGACCAUAUUUGACAUCGUUUCAAGGCAACAGCUUCACCGAUUACAUAAAUGCGGUUUUUGUAGACGGUUACACAAAACCUCGUGAAUACAUAGUGACUGAGUGGCCAUUAAUACGAACUCAAGGCGAAUUCUGGUCCCUUGUGUACGACUACGAGUGUGCAGCCGUUGUUGUUCUCUGUGUUCCUCCCAAAAACUCUCAACAGUAUCCUCCUUUCUGGCCUGAAGGACGGCAUUCUAAAAAAUAUGGACCCGUCUUCACUAUCGAUCACGUCUCACACAACCAUUACACUAAUAUAAAAACUUGGAUAUUUAGAAUUAACAAGAAGAUCGUUUCACUAACAGAGCUAAUGGCGGGUGUAAAAGCUCCGCCUAAAACAGUACAACUAUUCCAGCUAACCUGCUGGCCAAUGGGCCACAAGGUGCCAUCUUCAACCAAUUCACUCGUAGAGCUUAUGAACAUGGUUGAACGCUGGAGACAGAGGACUGACUAUGGGCCUGUCUGCGUUGUCUCGCCAGAUGGUCGAAGUCGAGCCGGAGUCUAUUGUGCAGCCAACGCUUGUAUAGAACAAGUAAUCCAACACGGUGAGGUUGACGUGUUUCAAGCCGUCAAGACGGUACGCCGACAUCGACCUCAGCUCGUCGAGAAUAUGACGGAAUAUAAAUAUUGCUACGACCUAGUUUUGCACUAUGUGCUACACUAUUUAAAUAAAGAUAUGAAUGAGAAGAAGUGAGAGUGCGAGCUCAAAGACGAGCUCUGGUUCAUAGAGUUCGGGCGGGGACCUGCGUUACCUACGACUCCCGAGGAGACCAGCCCUCCCGUGGUACCACGUGCCCCCCAGCGGCCUGUUAGACCACGCCGUGGCCUAUCACUCGACCGUCUGAUGCCAAACACGGUACGACCACCAUUGCACCAUGCCGUGACAAUGGAAGCGCCGCGACGCCCUCGAUCCAACAGGCCACCACUGCGUCGAUCAAUUCGUCUCGAAGACGAUGAAGGUGCCGCGGAAGAGCGACGCCGUGUUUUCGGCCACGGACCUCGAGCUCCGUCAUUUGAUGAGGAAGAUGCAAGCGAUCAUGAAUGUGAAUGCCAGCGUGCUUCCCUCGAAAGGUCUGGCCCCUCUGCUGAAAUGCCUGAUGAAGAUUACGAACCAGAGUUUGUCGCCUCUCCUCAUACGGAUAAACCUGACUCACGAGCACGCGGUGCUUCAGCAGACCGUGUGCUCGAGCAACGUGAACAUUUGACUCCUCGCGGGCCAUCCAGAGCCCACUCUCAGGGCGUCUUUGAAAGACGUUUACCUAAAAUAUAUAAGUUAGGGCUUAUUGAUAAGUCAAAACGAGCAAGCUCGAGCGCCCUUUAUGAAAGAGCAGAUAGAUCGCCCACUGAGGCAUUCUAUAAUGCUACAGGUUCUACACGACUAAGUUCACAAGAACUUUUUGAAAAGUUUUGUUCAGAAGAUUUUACUUCUCUAUACGGGAGAGAAGAAUAUAGACCUCGCCGUCCUCCUCACUCUAAAUCAACUGGAAGUAGUGGUUCAGAUGUACGUCACGAGAGAACUUGUUGUCGACGCAUACCAUGUGGCUCACAGCCUGCUUUAAAUCGGCGUCAUCACUACCACACUCCACGGUCUGAUCGGUCAACAGAUUCGGACGAUACAUCGCCCGGGAGAACUAAUUUUCGUAUUCCUUUAGAGAUAUACGAGCAAAGUAUGACUGAUUACUCGAGAUCAGCUGCACUACUAAGUCCUGAUAAGUUUGAAGCAAGGUUUACGUUUGAUAUAUCUGAACGCAGCGAAGUCACUUCGUAUCGUGACGAUACUCCGUCGGAUGCAACAGAAACAAGGAAUCUUACUCUGUAUGAAGAGCCCCAUUCUGAUCGUACGAGUAUUUGCGAAUUAUACGAUGCAGCUUUUUCUUCUCACCGACCAUCAUUCAAACGUCAUAGUUCACGUCGUCAGUGUGGCCCAUUUGAUUUAAGCAAUCUAGAUUUCCGUGCGAUUGAUGAUGAGAGUCCACGAACUAGCCGCCGUACAUCGCAGCGAAGUAUGGACGAUACUAUGCGUCAAACUUCAGAAUCUCGUAGUUGGGCAUCAGAUUCGGUUUUCGCCACACCAGAGCGCAGAGCGAUAACCACUACCACUACUUCGCCAUCAUCUACAGACACUCGAAAGUUCGUCACGGCCUCGGAGCGUGCAGAAUCAGCAGCAGCAGACUCAACUCAAGCUGAUACGACUGCGGCUGAAGAACAACUUAGCGUGAUUGAGCGAUCUGAAUACUCCUUAGCAGUCACUCUAGGUCGGAUAGACAUAGAUGGGUCCCCAGAAAGACCAGCUUCGUCUCCAUCAGGUUUAGUUCGCAUAUCUAGUCGACCUUCAAUGCUAAAAUUGGAGCCAAUAGAACCCGAGAGACUCUGCGGCGGCGCUGAACAAGAAACAAUUGCAGCAUCACGUAAACGGCGAGGGGCCAGUGAGCCACGACGCUCGGCUCGAUGUUUUCCUCUCUGAUGUCGCGCGGCGGCGCUGGCAUCGCCGCGUCGCAGCCGCCGCCACUACUCUGUGCCUUUUCGCUGCCGCUCAAAAGCGAAUGCGAGUCUAAAAUUAGCCCUUCAAAACAAAUCGAACAUUCGGGCUGUAGAGUCCUGUGUAGGUAUAGCUUAGCGGACUUUCUGUGUGUUCCUUUGCAGUAAAAUUGGAUAAAAAUAACGGUCUUUUCGAGGCCCAGGUAAGAAGUAUUCUGGUGGUUUUAAUGUGGUGUACCUACAUAUGUAAAGUUAUAGAUAAGAGGGUAUAAAAAGCGGAUCAAUGAACCCUUACCUUUGUCUAUCACUAACGGUAACUGCCAAACUCUUAAGUGUAAAUAUUUAU